AUGCGUGAGCUGCUGCAGAGCAUCUUCUCGCGCAACGAGUCGUGGGUGCACGCCACCGAGACCGACGAGCCGGAGCUGCUGGCGGCCAUGGCCAAGGGCCAGACGCCCAAGAUCCUCUGGAUCGGCUGCAGCGACUCGCGCGUGCCCGAGGGCGUCGUGUGCCAGACCAAGCCCGGCGAGAUCUUCGUCCACCGCAACAUCGCCGGCCAGUUCAACCAGCUCGACGACAGCGCCAACAGCGUGCUCACGUACGCCGUCGAGGUGCUCGGCGUCGAGCAGAUCGUGUGCGUCGGGCACACGUCGUGCGGUGGUGUCGCCGCCGCGCUGCAGACGGCCAAGUCGUCGCAGGCGCUGCCCUCGUCGUCGCUGGCGCGCUACCUGACGCCGCUGGUUAAGCUCUCGGGCGACGUGGCGGCGUCCGACGAGGCCAAGGGCAAGAGCGACACGGAGCUGCUGCAGCUCGUCACCGAGGCCAACGUGCGCGCGCAGAUGGACAACAUCAUCGAGAGCGACGUCGUCAAGGCCAACUGGCAGGGCAAGAAGACGGCGUUCCCCGGCGAGCCGACGGCCAAGAUCGAGGUGCACGGCUGGAUCCACGACAUCUCCACGGGCCGCCUGCACGACCUGGGCGUGUCGCGCGCCUGCGACGGCACGCACAACCACCAGCACGGCGCGCACAAGGAGCACUCGUCGUAG